GUCUCAAAUCUUUUCUUUCAUCUUCCAAUCGUAUAAUCAAAAACAAUGCUCUUACGAAGCGCGUCGACACCACUUCUCAACUCGUUAGUUCAUGUCUCAACUCCAAAGGAAUCACCACAAAUCGAGACCGUUGAAUCUGUUCACCAGAUCCAACGGCUCAGAUCUCUUACUCUCUCUUCACCUUCCUCUUGCUGUUACAGCCCCAUGUCUAUACACUCUAGCGACGAAUCUUCAAGGAGGAUGAAAAGAACUGCGUCAGAGAGUGAUCUACGAACGAAGAAGCCGCCAACGAGUAAGUUCUUGAGCGGUGCUGCUCUGAUGGAAGACGUGGAAGAAGGAAUAGGGUUCGGGCUUAUACGCACGUCUUCUUACGAUGGUGGUUUCGCGUUUAGUGGCGGUGGCGGCGGGUUUUUUAACGGCGGAGGAAAGGGAAAGAGCGGUGAUGGAGAGAACGAUAGUACAGAUGUUCAUUAUCGUAGGAUGAUUGAAGCGAAUCCUGGAAACGGGAUGUUUCUUGGGAAUUACGCUAAGUUCUUGAAAGAGGUUCGAAAAGAUUACUUGAAAGCAGAGGAGUAUUGCGGGAGAGCUAUUUUAGUGAACCCUAACGAUGGAAAUGUUCUGGCGAUGUACGCGGAGUUGGUUUGGAUGAUUCAUAAGGAUUCAUCUCGUGCUGAGUCUUACUUUAAUCGAGCUGUUGCGGUUUCUCCUGAUGACUGUUAUGUGCAAGCUUCAUAUGCAAGGUUUCUUUGGGAUGCUGACGAGGAGGAGAAGGAAGAGAUACAUGAAGUAGAAGAAGAAGAACUUGUGGCUCAAGCUUCUCGGAUGAGUUUCUUCACCGGUCUUUCUCCAAUUACGGCCAUGUCUUAAGACGUGGUGUCGCGGCAUAUAGAUUUUAGAUAAAUGUGUUAUAUGACGGACGUCUAUGAUUCUAUCUAACCCUUUUGUUUAAUAUGAAUUCUUUAUUAGUUGCUUUGCUUAUAUGUAUGUUUUCUCUAUAGAAGGAUCUUGAAGAUAUCAGAGUAUAUCAUAAUUAUGAUAAAUAUAUUAUGUAGUUAUUAUUUAGAUUUUCAUAUAUUUGUAUUUAUCAUAGAUUAGGAAAUCAUAGUAGUAUAUAAACAUGUGUAACAUAAAGCUAAGUGUUAUGAGAGUCAAUAUACCAUUCUUCCAAUCUUCUACUCUCAUCAUUCUCAAU